AACAAUUUUACUUUAUUUCAGAGAAGAGAAGUGGGAGAGAGAGAGAGAGAGGAGGGAGAGGGAGAGAGCAGGGAAGUGAGGAUGGUGGGAAGGUGGUGUGAAAGAAGAGAGAGAUUGAAUUUGUGAGUGCGUUUAAUGCAAGGAAAUUUGUCGUUUAAGGCGAUGAAGAAAGAUGGAGCCUUUGCACCAAAUAGGCCGAUCCAAUUGAGAGUAAGUUUUUGAGUGUAGAGAGAGAGAGGGAGAGAGAGUUCUGUGGGUUAAAGGAAGGAGAAGAAGAAGACGGCAUGCAGAAUUCAAAGCUUACAGCAAAACCCAUUUAUUAGUUUCCAAUCACCUUCACCAUACUUAAUCUCAAAGCGUUUCGACUGGUUGCACUUCUUGGUUGCUGAUGAGUCGGUGAUUUAAGUGAACCUUCAGGUUUUUCUAUUGAACAUAUUUGAAGAUCUAUAAAGUUUCAACGCCAUAUUUUUGUAGACGAGCCUGAAUAGUUGUUUUAGAAAAUGCAGAAUUUGGAUAAGAAAAACUCUGGUUUUGGUUCUGCCCACCUAACAUUUCCAUUCGUUGUUGGAUCUUCAUCAUGGGAGAAUUCUACUGAGACACAUGUCCAACACUCAUCUUCCUCCAAUAGCUUAAUCUUGAACAUGGGUGUGCCACUACAUAAUUAUCAUAACAGCAAGCAAUCUCGAAUUAACUUUCAAGAUCAGGAUUCAUCCUCAACUCUGUCGACAGGUCAAUCUCUCUCUGAAGUUGAUAGUAUGAAAGAAGGCAACCCCUGUGGGCAAGGCAUAGUUUCAGCACAAUCAGGAUAUAAUGAAACACAAGAGCCUGUUGGGGCCCACAUGAAAUCACUAUCACCAAUGGAAAAUCAGAGCUUUAUCUUCCCUUCACAAAUUGAUUUUAACCGUUCAAUUGGUCAUAUUCCUUUCCACUAUGCUGAGCCAUACUUUGGAAGCUUACUGGCUACUGCUUGUGGGCCACAAGCUACGAUUCAUCAUCCUCAGGUGGUGGGGAUAACUCCUGGUAGGGUUCCCUUGCCUCUUGAUCUUACAGAAGAUGAACCUAUUUAUGUAAACGCGAAACAGUACCGUGCAAUUAUCCGGAGGAGGCAAUUUCGUUCUAAGCUUGAAGCUCAGAACAAACUCGUCAAAGUUCGUAAGCCGUAUCUUCAUGAAUCUCGGCAUGUUCAUGCAUUGAAGAGGGCUAGAGGAACUGGUGGGCGCUUUCUCAACGUGAAGAAGGUCCAAGAUUCCAAGCCAAAUACUACACACCUCAGAGUGAAUGCUUCAGGCACUGCUCAGCUACAUUUGAUCGGAAAUAUGUCAGAAUCUGAAGUUCACGAACCUGACAACUAUAGAGAUGGUGCUUCCACUACCUCUUGCUAUGAAGUCACAAGCACUUCCAACAGUGAUGAUGUAUCGCGGCAAGAUUUGAGGCUCUCUUCCUACCCCUCUCACAUUGGUGGGACCAUGCAAGUUCCUUUUGUUGAUGUGCGUGGCGGUGGGAACCAGCACCAUCAUUCCAUCCUCCGGUGAACAAUCAUCAUAGCAGUCUGUGUUCAGGGUUCUGUUGGAGAACACGGCUGCUACCGUUCCCUCGGGAAGUCAUCCUUGGCUCAGUUGAAGUUUCCUUUCGAAUUCCUUCGGCAUUGUUAAAGUUACCUUUCUAAUUCCUUCUGGAAGUCAUUCUCGGCUCUAAUUCCUUUGGGAAGUCAUCCUCGGCUCAGUUUCCUUUCCUGGUGUUCCUCUAUCGUCAUUGUUAACCCCUACAUCCUGCAGUUAACCUUAAUCCGUCUAUUUCCCAUUUAGUUUUCGGGCAAAUACAAAGAAUGCCGGAUGAAGUAUGAUUAAAUUGGUACACAUGGUUGGCGAAAAGAACAUAAUUCUCUUGUGUGUGAUGAAUAAUCUGCGUAUUUGUGCAGACAGCUGACCUUUGGCUUUGAAGGUCUUCUGCAUUUUAUGAAAAAUAAAGUGUGUGUGCAUUGA